CCACGCACCACGCACCCAGCACCGCACCGCACCCAACCCAGCAUGAGAACCGUUUAUUGUCACGCCGCCUGGUCUGGCGCUCUCUCGAAAAUGAGACGCCAAACUUACCAGAUGGACUCCCCCAUAAAAUAAAAAUUCUCUCUCUUCUCUCUCCUCCCCAUCUCGUCUUUCCAUCCACCCUCCCAUUCCAUCCAUCGCCAACCCAAGCCAUCAUCACCUCGCCGCCGUCGACUGUGCGAGUCGCCGAUGCGAAAUAAUCUGCCGUCGACGAGCUCGAGAGACCAGACCGCACCGCACCACCGCACCGCACACCGAACCCAACCACAACAGCAAUAGCAACAGCAACGCACCGCCCAAAAACCUUGCCUAAUCCAUCACCCCCCGGAUCACCACCCGCGGCCCAUUGGAUGACUGGCUCGACCGCCGCCCCAUUCAUCGAAGCAGCCAUAUCUGACAAAGCCAACGCUCCCUCUUGAGCUUUCCGCCGCCUCCCCAUCGAACUCCCGCUCUUCACCUUUGAUUUCCACGCCCGACCCAUAUCCACCCUAUCCAUUAUACAGCAGCCAACCCACCGAAAUGUCUCCCACUCCAUCCGUCAGCCGACGCAAGUCGAACGGAGGCAAGGGCGGCCUCGUCGUCACCCUCGCUGUCAGCGCAGACAGGUUGAAGCAGAUCCUCGACCCCAGUCCCGUUGAGGAAGAUUCGCCCGUCAAGAUGGACAUCGAGGAGACAAAUGGGACGAAGGAGACGCAAGAGUCUCAGGACUCGCCUGCCACGUCAACGACGUUGCCUGCCCCGGUCGCCACGAACGGCGAAACAGCAUCCGACUCGAACCCUGGCACGCCUGCCGGUGAUGGCACUCCCGCACCCACGUCAAUGGGACCUCCCACGGAGGGAGUCAAGAAGAAGGGCACCAAGCGUAGCGCUGCUGCUGUCAACGGACUUGGUCCCGAUGGGCAGCCCAAGAUCCGAGGUAAACCAGGACCUAAGAAGAAGGCGAGACUUGAGGACGGCACAAUCGAUCCAAAUGCCCGCGCUGGUGCUGCUGGACAUAAGCUGGGACCAAAGGCGAACCAAGGUGCCAUCAAUGCUGGCCUGCGGGCUCUCGACCGGUCUGGCAAGCCUUGCCGCAAGUGGGCGAAGGGCGGUUUUACGCUCAAGAGUUUCACGGGCAUCGUCUGGGAGGUACCUCGAUGGGUCGCGCCGCCCAAGACUGUGCCCGAGUCCAGCACUGAAGACUCUGCUGCAGCUUCUGUCGACAGCAGUUCCAAGGAGAACAAGGAGAAUGACCAGGUCAAGAGCGAUGCUAACAGUGCGGCCAACAGCGGCGCCGACGUUGAGAUGCGGAGCGCUCCCGGCAGCAUUCCAGCGAGCUCGCCCGCGCCGAUGGCCAUUACCGCCGCGUCAUGAGGCGUUCGGGUGCGCGCCAUUUUCAUUUGUUUUGUGCCAUCGCCAGACCC